AUGGCCGUCAGAGCCCAAUCCAAGGCGAGUUACGCGGCCGCCAUGCUUCUGAGGGGCGGAAGCGGCUGGGCGGUGGCCUUGUCUGGACGCCCCCGCGCAUUCCGCUACAAAGCGUCGCCUUGUCCUACGCGACUUGGUGGGGACUCUCCGAGCCUUUGCUUGGCCUCCAGAUUGGGAAGAAGGAGCCAUGUGUUGGCCUCAGCUGUAGGCCUGCCUCGACGCAGCAACCAGGAUGCUCUGGACCUUGACCAGGCUCCCUCACAGCCCAUCCCAAAGCCAUGGGUGAUUCCGGUCCCAAAGGGGACCCUACAGUACAUCUUUGGGACCAGCCAGGUGUUCAGGAACUUCGAUGAUAUAAAACCAAAGUCCACGGGGUUACCAGUGCUCCUCAAAAUCAAGGAGUAUCACUCCCAGAGGCCCCAGCACACAGCUCCCAAGUCAAGGCCAGCCCCUGCGCCUGUGCCCCUACACCGCAGCUACCAACAAGGCCAUCGGUGCUUGGAGCAAGAAGACUGGGAAGUGGCCGUGCUGUUCUUCUCCCGAGCCCUCCACCUGGACUCCCAGAUGAUAGAGUUCUAUGCCUUAAGAGCCGAGGCCUACAUCCAGCUCUGCGACUUCUCCUCGGCCGCCCAGAACCUACGCAUGGCCCACGCCUCCCAGCCAGACAACACCAACUACCUGGAGCGGCUCACCUUGGUGCUUUACCUGAAGGGCCAGUGCCUCUUCGAGCAGUGUGCCUUUCUGGAUGCCCUGUCUGUCUUCUCCCAGGCAUCUGAGCUCCAGCCUGAGAAAGCCUGCUUCCGUUAUCGAUGCAUGGCCUGUCUCCUGGCCCUCAAACGGCAUCACGAAUGCUUGGCAUUCGUCACCAAGGAGGUGAAACAUGGCACCACCAAUGCCGAUGUCUACAUCCUGCGAGCCAGGCUCUACAACUUCUUCCACAAGCCCAAGCUCUGCUAUCAAGACCUACACAGUGCCUUGCUCUUGGAUCCCAAGCACCCACAGGCCAAGGUGCUGCUCAAGGUGAUGGUGGGCCAGGCCCAGCAGGCCCGCCAAGAUGCAGGGAUCCUGGCCGUGCAGGGCAAGCUGCACCACGCACUGCACUGCAUCAACUGUGCCAUCGAGAACAACCCUUUGGACCCCGGCCUCUUCCUCUUCCGGGGCACCACGUACCGCCGGCUCCGGGAGUUUGACGCCGCCGUGGAGGACCUCCUGAAGGCGCUGGACAUGAUGACCGAGCACCAGGAAGACCUGAUGCAGCAGGCGCAGCGUCAGCUGCUGCUGGCCUACAACGAUUUCGCGGUGCACUGCUACCACCAGGGCGCCUACCAGGAGAGCGUGCAGCUGCUCAACAAGGCGCUCAAGGACGAGCAGCAGGAGAAAGGCCUCUACAUCAACCGCGGUGAUUGCUUCUUCCAGCUUGGCAACCUGACCUUUGCUGAGGCGGACUACCAGCAGGCGCUGGCACUGAGCCCGAAGGACGAGGGCGCCCACCUACGAAUGGGCCUGCUGCAGGAGAAGCUGGGCUUCUGGGAGCAGAGGAGCAGGCAGUUCCAGAAGGCAGAGAAACACUUCUCGAUGGCCAUCCAGCACAAUCCCCAGAAGCCCCAGUACUACCUGUACCGCGCCAGGAGCCGGCAGUUCACCCAGAACAUUUUUGGGGCCCGCCAGGAUGUUGCCACUGUUCUGCUCCUUGACCCCGAGCAGCCAAAGUUCAGAGGGAAGCGGAUAAGGCUCAGAGAAGUCAGUGCCCUUGGGGAGGUCAGACCCUCAUCUGACUGGCUCCAGAAUCCUCGAUCCGACUCACCAUCAGCAUCCCCUCCCCAACUGCUCCCGCUGAUGACAAACCUUUUCCCGGGCAUGUCAGUGGAGGAGGUGCUGGGGAGCCAGGCGGCCCAGCUGGCCAGGCUGCAGCUGGAGCGGGUGGUAGAGCACAGCCUGUGGGCCAGGCCCUCCCAGGACAUCAUGGGGCAGCUCAAGGAGCGGGAAUUAGAGCGCCGGAAAGCCCAGACCCUGCAGUUCUCGUGGAAGCUGGAGCAGGUUUCGCUUGAGGCCUCCAAGGAGCUAGAGGCCACUCGCCCGAGCCUGCGGGCAAAGCCAGAAGGCCCAGAGAAAGAGGCCAAGGCCCCUGCCCAUGAGGAGAAAGAGGCGAAGCUGGAGCCGGCCCCCAGCACGGGGAGGUCCCUGACCGACAGCUACAUCAGCCAGACCUCUUCAGGCUCCACCAUGGGCUUCAGGACCACAUCCCCCUCAGAGACGGAGACAUCCACGCUCAGCUGGGAAUACAGGAGUACUUCAACCACUGCUGGGACCUCCUCUACCUCCUCGCUGCUAAGGACACAGGCCUCAGACUUGGAGGGCAACGGGGAAGACCUAAGCCUUAGCCGUAGCCCCAGAAAACCCCAGGCAUCCCAGAGCCAGAGCCAGGGCCAGAGGCCCAGCAUGACUGAGGCCGCCCAGGGCCAGAGAGAAAGGCCCAGCAUGACUGAGGCCGCCCAGGGCCAGAGAGAAAGGCCCAGCAUGACUGAGGCCGCCCAGGGCCAGAGAGAAAGGCCCAGCAUGACUGAGGCUGCCCAGGUCCAGAGAGAAAGGCCCAGCACGACUGAGGCCGCCCAGGGCCAGAGCCAGAGGCCCAGCAAGACUGAGACCCCCCAGAACCAGAGGCCCAGUGGGACCGAGGCUGCCCAGGGCCCAAGGCAAAAGCUCACAAAGACUAAGGCCACCCAGGGCUCAAGGCAGAGGUUCAGAAAGGCCAAAGGUCCCCAUGGCUGGAGCUGGGGACUCAGAAAGGCUGACCAGAGCUGGCGAUUGAUCCAGAGUCCCAGGAAGGCCUUCUAUGACGCACAUUGGAGCCUCCGCGACUCCGAGGCCACCCAGGGCCAGGGCCAGGGCCAGAGGCCCAGCACGUCCAAGGCUGCCCAGAGUGAGAGCCGGAGCACAAGCUCAGGUUCCAGCAAGACUGAGGUCACAUGGGGACUGAUCCCAAGUCUCAGCAACAGCCAGACCGCUCGGGGCCUGAGACAGGACCCCGGCCCCAGCAGUUACUAAAGGGGCCGUUCGGCCCCCCUCACUUCUUGCUGGGGAUGUGAGGGGGUCUACCCCGCCCCGACCGGCACUCAGGCAACCCCCUCCUGAGCAGUGAGAAUCUUAGCCGACUUUCCUCUGGUCCCAGGGCUAAGUUUAUUGUAUUGGUUCCCUUCUUUUACAAAAUGAAAAACUUCAAAAGCCCAGGC